AUGUCUCAGUUUGAUGAAUUGGAGAAUGCUGAAAAGGCACUUUGUAGAUUGGUACAGAAAGAAUCAUUUACAGGCAUAAACGAUCCCGCUAUUUGUGCGCUGAGACCAAUCGUAGACCAAAAUGGAAUUUUAAGAGCCAAAACGAACGUCCUACAGCGUCAAGAUAAUGAAAAUUUCCGAUAUCCUAUCAUUUUACCUUCAAAACACCUUCUUGUUGAGAGACUAAUUUACGAGAAGCAUCUAGAACUCCAGCAUGCUGGCGUCAGCACUUUAAUGACAAAUCUUAGAGAAAACUUUUGGAUAUUGAAAUCCAGGAAAAGUAUUCGAAAUAUUAUCAGAAAAUGUGUAAGAUGUAAAAGAUUUGUUUCACAAAGAGUGGAAGUCGAGCCAGGAUUUCCACCCGAAGAUCGAGUCAGAGAAGGGGCGACUUUUGAAGUCGUCGGCGUAGAUCUAGCGGGUCCUCUCUAUCUCCGUGAGGGGUCUAAAAGCGUGGAUAGGACUAACAGUGUUCUUAAGAAAGUUAAUUGGAACGCCAUAUGUUCAGCUGCUUCUAUCCAAAGGAUACGAUGGAAGUUCAACCCUCCGACCGCCGCCUGGUGGGGAGGUUGGUGGGAGAGGCUUGUGCGAAUGGUGAAAGAAAAUUUAAGACGAGUAUUAGGUCGAACGUCCUUAAAUUAUGAAGAAUUAUAUACUAUAUUAUGUGACUGUGAACAAGUGAUUAAUUCGCGAUCUAUCUCAUACGUAUCAGAGGAUAAUCAAGAUCCAUCACCACUGACCCCUAUGAUGUUCCUGCAAGAAUUGCCUUCAUCAGGCGUUCCUGAUAUGGAUUACGUAGAUUCCAAAGAACUAAACCGUCGAGCCAAAUACCGACAGAGAAUAAGACAUGAUCUACGAACAGAUUUCGUAAUGAAUAUCUUGACUAGCGAGGGUCAAGACAAGAAAUGGAAUUCUGCUUCGUCCAGUGACCCGUUCCCCGACAGAGCACCUCGAGAUAGAAACGAACAUGCAACUGGUCAGGCUGAUCAGGCUGCUAGUAUUCCAGAACCUGCUUCAAGUCCUCGAGUGAUGACCAGAGCUGGACGAGUUGUUCGGCCUCCUCAUCGACUGGACCUGUGUGUAUUGAGUUCCUCCGCAUCGUCGGAUCUCAAUGGUGGGAG